AUGACUGGGCGUCAUAUGAAGUUGUGGCCUCAGCUGGCCGAGUCCACGGCAGAACGCGGCCGAGAUUUGCCAAGGUGACAUUGGCAAAAUAGGUUGAUCAGUUAAAGGUUAGUUUAACAUCAUUACAGUGCCAAAAUCCUUGAAGAUUUUAUGGCCAAAUGAUGUACCUGCCGGCUUCACACAUUGCCUACAUUACAGACGAAAAACCAAAAGAGAAAGAGCGUUGUUUUCCGCGCCGUAGCGUUUCAGGUGGCUAGUUGAUGAUUUGGAGCAACUUCCAAGAACCGAAGCGCUUUCGUUGGCGGUCACAUCAACUCAAAUAAGUAUCCUUGAGUACUAGGGAGUCUUAGGCAAGCAUCUGGUAACGUAUUGGCAAUCCGGCUACACGUUAAUGCAGGGUAGUGCUCGCGUAUACCUUAGCUGGUCGACAAAGCUGUUCCUCAAACAGCAAGGAAUUGCUACCCCGAAGGAGCCUAUGCGUUCCUUGGAUUUAUAUCCUAUAGAGAACGUGUGGGGCUUCCAGGUUUGCUAACCAACACCCAUUAUUUUACAGUAACUGAGCUAAAAUAGGCACUUUUCCGAUUCUGGCACAAUAUUGGCCAGAAGAGGUUAAAAAAACUUUUCCCAGAGUAUUCCCGGCUAUUCAGUCGACGUUAUUGAAGCCUCAGGCAACGUAACUAAACAUUAGUUAUUGUUAUUCAGUGAUUUAAUUAGGCUAAUUAACCAAAUUCGUAAGUGCGGUUAUAAUUUUGUCGCAUAGAAAAUCACCAAAAUUUUAGUUUUUUCAAUUUUUUCCCAAAUUGGGGAAAUUUCCCGAAAUAAUUUUUUGGCACAUGAUUCGUGGGACAUUAGUGCAUAUUAGAGCCAAAUAUGACACAUUUCUAUUGACAACCAAAAAAGUUACAGCAAUUUCUAAAGUGCGGUUAUAAUUUUGUCGCGCACUGUAAUAUAUGUGUUAGUAUAUGUAUUAUGAGAAUUCGAUGUAAUUUUUUAAAGUUUACAGGCGUAGUACCCCAAGUGCGACGCUCAGAUUUUGAUGAAACUUGGCAUAAAUUUUGGAAUAAUGUUUUCUAACAAGGAAAGUACUUCUAUGGGGUAUGGAGUUACAGGUCGAGACAUAGCAAAAAAAUUGCAAAACUUUUCUGAUUCAGAAUAUGUAAAAAUUUGCAGCCCAAUUUUGGUUUGUAAGGGCGAAAAAAAUCUCACAACUUUUCUGGCAACACUAAAAACAUGCUGCAUAAAGUGAAGCCCUUGUAGAACGAAACUUGGCUAUAACUAAAAAAAGUCAAAUUUGCAGGUUUAUCGGUCUGUCGGGAAAAUAAUGAGUUCUCUGUCGCAUCGAAAAUCGCAUCCCCGUCGAGAAAAUGAAAACAAAAUCAAAUUGCUUUUCACUUCAGCGACGCGAUCGGGACAGCGACAUUCUAUUCAUUAUUUCCCCAACAGACUGAUAGCGUUUUCACAAAGCAAACCGUAGAUUUUCUUGCGGCCAUGACGAAAUGUCAUACUGCUUCUGGCCCAAUUUUGGUUCAUAAUUAUGCCAUGUUUUGCAGAGACGACGUCGCCAAAGUCUCGAAAAAACAAGGAGCCUCCAAUCCGAACUAUCGCUACAUCCGUCUCGUCGAUCAGCUCGUCGAGAAGGCGUUUGAUCAGCUGGAAGAGCUGGAACUUCAACUGGCCGGCAAGUCGUCCAUCCGGGAUCGGUCCGACUUUGAAUGCGCAAAUCUCGGGAAAUCGGGGUCAUUUGGGAGUGAGGAGAGCGCCCCAUGCACUCCAAUGAGUCCACGGGCCAAUCCAUUCGUCAAGAAGAUGAACAUCAAACCAAUGAAUUCCGUGGAAAGUGUGGAUGGAAUGCAGGUAAGGAGGAGAAAAAGCUUUCAAAAUUCAAAAAAUCGCGAUCUGUAACUUUAAUAAAAAAUUACAGUACUCCAAGACCAGUUGGGCGAUAUAAAUCAAAUUUUGAGUGAGUAAAAAGCAAGGAUAUAGCAAGAUCUUGUGAAAAUUUCAGGCAGCGCUAAGCAGAAACCGCACAGAUAUGAGAUUUCAGAAUUCAAAAAAUCUCGGUUUUAGAAAAUUUUAUGUUAAGAAAGUAGCAAAAACGGGAUUUUUUGAAUCUCAAACGACAAUAACUACGCUGUCUAUAAAAAAUAUGAUUUCAGAUUUUGGCAGUAUAAUCAAUUUAUGAUGUUUAUUCAUACUAUAUUUUUAAUUUUUUAAAAUUUUCAAAAACCGACAUUUUUUUGAAUUUUGAAAGCUCAUAUCUCUGCGGUUUCUGCAUAACGCGGUCUGAAAUUUUGACAAGAUCUUGCCAUAUCCUUGCUUUUUUCUCACUCAAAAUUUCAUUCAUAUCGCCCGAGUAGUCUUGGAGUACUGUAACUUUUUAUUAAAAUAGCACAAUACUAUCAUAUAAGCCUAAUUUUUCAAAUUCCAGAAAACCCAACUGUCGGAUCUGGACCUUCGAGCCAUUGCGCAAUCCGAGGUGGUGGCCAUUUUAAUUGAACGAGUUGCCGCCGAAGAUACCAUCGUAUUCCGCAACUUUUUGCCAUUGUUUUUGCCGAAAAUCCGAAAAUUGAUGAAGAUUUGUCCGGCGAAACGCGCUCGUUUUGCUUGCUCGGAAUUUUUGGAUCGACUGGACAAGGAGUGGGAGAUCACUUCGUAG